ACGUACAAAGCUGAGCACGGUUGGAUUCCCUGAGUAACCCCAGUCGUAACACUUACUACAAACCCAGAGGAUCUGGAAGGUGGAAGGGGGCCGCUACUAGAACUCUGACUCUGACACUGACAGUGAGUGCACUCGUUGAGUUCACGUCCUUCUUCCUCACUUCUGUGGUGGAGGGAAUGUUUGGCGUCUUCUGGGGUUCCACGGUGCGUUGCGAGGACCACCAAAGGUGAUGACCGUUGGCAGGGCGUCUCAAAGAUAGGGCGUGACGGGUUUCAGCGAUGGCAAAAGUUGUUGAUGUUGAGAAAAGGGGCGGUGGAACAGGAAGUUUGGAGGAGCUUCCGCUUGAACUCCGACAGAACACCAUUGUGCUACGAGGCCCUGCGCAUCCAAGCAGUAGGAAGGCGUUGGUCUAUCUUCUUGGCACGGCUCAUGUCUCUCAGGACUCUUGUAAGGAGGUCAGAGCGCUCAUCAGGGAAGUGAAGCCUGAUGCCGUCUUUGUAGAGCUGUGCAGCGGCCGGACGGCGGUGCUUAUGCCUCCCAAAGACCUUGUAAUUCCCACCUUCGCAGAGAUGUUCGACCAGCUGCGCAACAAGAAAGCAAACGCCUUUGCUGUGAUCUACGGCUACUUCUUGGCCAGAGUUGCAUCCCGGUUGACGGUCUUGCCUGGGGAGGAGUUUCGAAUUGCAUAUGAGGAAGCACUCGCCUGUGGAGCGAGCAUCAAGUUGGGGGACCGACCAAUACAGGUGACGUUGCAACGGACGUGGGGCCAGAUGCCGGCGUGGCACAAGUUCAAGCUGCUGUGGCAGAUGCUCGUGCAAGCCAGCUCCCUCCCUGACGCCGACGAACUUGCAGCCACGAUGGAGGACCUGAAGGAUACGGACAUGCUGACGCUCGCGAUCAAGGAGAUGAGUAAGACCUUCCCCACGCUCUGGCGGACGCUCGUGCUCGAGCGCGACCAGUACAUGGCUGCAUCACUCCGGGACCUAGCAAGGACGUCUAACAGGGUGGUUGCGGUCGUUGGGAAAGGCCAUCAGAGCGGGAUCCGGGAAAACUGGGAGGCCCCAAUAGACGUCAAAGCGCUGAUGGAGAUGCCGCCAGAGAAGCCACCUUGGAUCUCCAAAGAAACAACGCGAUGGUUGCUAUUGGGGGGCCUGGUGGGCUCGGUUGCGCUUGUCUAUACGGUCAGAUACGCGAGGCGAAGUAAGAGUUAGCUUUCAGAACGGCCCCAUUAUUUAUUGUUUCCGGGGAUCGAAAUGAUGUCCGGCUGAGGUUUUUUUAGAGUAGAAUGUACAUGCGACUUCAGUAUCUUCUCGGUAGGAACACUACAGACACGUAGGAGCUUCGUUGUAAGCCACAAAAGCUCUAACUCCAGGUCAGCUUACGUUAAGCAUUGAUGUAUCCGUCCUGCCGCCACAUCUGGGGGUUGUUUUAGGAGGGAUGCCCAGUCACUACGAUUCAGAUCGUCUUUCGAAGGUUGCGGGACGUUGUUGAUUGUAUCUUUUCGAUCUUCAAUGCACGGUCUGACGUAUCUGGGGCGCCAAGCAGGCCCGUUUUGCGUCAAGGAGCUCGUCUUGUGUUUGGGCCUGAAACUCUUCAUCCAUGAUUAUGGCCUUCUGAAAGUCCGGAUUGCAGGGGUCAAGCUUGUACGAAGUCCAACAAUAGAGAGAGGCUUACAUAUAGACGGUCGCACGCUAGGCUGAGCAGUCAGUAGGCACGCAUCUGGGGCUCAAACACAAGCG